AAUGAGUGAAAAAUUUCAUAAAUUGAGUAGUAAAUGGACAAUAUCUGAGAAAUAUAAUGCUAGUUAAAACAUAGAUUAUAAGAGAACUAUUGUAGAUAUCUGUUCUUUUUCAACAGUUGAAGAAUUAGGAUUUCUGAUGAAGAAGACUAUAUAUUCAAAAUUAUCUGAUAUUUUAAGUGAGCCUCAAAAAUGCAAAAUGUAAUGCACUAUAACAAUAUAGAUUUAAACAAUUUAAUGAUGAUAAUGCAAAUGCUUAAAUAGAAGCAAUAUAAUUUUUUAAGAAUGAUAUCAAACCAUGGUGGGAGGAUGAUAAUAAUAAAAAUGGUGGAGAAAUUCAAUUUGACAUUUCAACACAAUAUUAUGCAGUUUAUGAUUCAAUUUAUUUAGAUAUUUUAUUAUAGAUUAUAGGAUAAGCUACAGAAGAAUUACGACAUGUAAAUUAGAUCAAAUAAUUUAGAUUAAUGGAUUAAGAGUUUUAGAUAAAAUUAAUGCUAAACAAGGUAAUAGAAUAAGAAUUGAAUUAUGGAUGGAUAUUGAUCCAAAAGAUUAGGAUGAAUCUAUUGGAAAGUUAAUUGAAUGGAUAGAUAGUACUUUAAAAAAGCACAAAAUUGAUAUUGAUUAAACUUAAUUUAACAAAGUUUCUCACAAAAAAUGA